AUGACAAACGGCAAACCGCGACAUGAUAAACGCAGAAACGCCAAACCGAUAAACGCGUAUCGACGCCCCCAGCAAUCCCUCUCGCGCGACUAUCCAUCCCCUCCUCGCGCCAACCGCCUCGUCCUCGAUGCGCGUACAUGGCACUCGAAUAUCCGUCUGGUAGAGGCAGAAUUGG